AUGGAAAUUUACAAGCAGUCUGUGGCAACUUGCCAAUUACGCGAGUUUCUGCCGGGUCUCCGUGAUAUUUUUUUGGGGUCUUUGUUUCAGGUGGAGGCGCGCGACUUUGUGGCGGCUGGAGCAGCGGCUGGUGUCAGCGCGGCCUUUGGAGCACCCAUUGGAGCAGUUCUGUUUGCUGUGGAGGAGGGUGCCUCCCACAUGACACCCAGGAUCCUGACGCAACUCUUUGUCUCCAGUUCAGUGGCAACUUUGGUCACAAGGCUGACCCUCGGACCAAUCAUCAGCAACCAUCCUUGGACUUUGUUGGGCACUGGGGUGCCAGUCAGCUUUGGCAGAUUCACUGAGGUUUCGUAUAACAUUGUGGAGAUGUUUAUAUUUGCCCUCAUUGGCAUCCUUUGUGGUUUGCUCGGCGCUCUCUUCAACCACAUGAAUGGACUGCUCAGUAGGUGGCGUAAACGUCGCAUCGGCCCAACUGGCUGCAAGCGCUUUCUGGAGGUCCUUUGCGUGACAUUCAUCAUUGCCUCCUUAAAGUUCUGGGUGCCUGCGGUGUUCCUGGCCAUCAAAGGUCAAGGCUGGCAACCGAUGAUCUUCGACGAGCUGUCUGAAACGCAGCAGCUGUGGCUUGAGGGAGGGCAAAAAUCCAUCAGGGAUCUAUUUCACAACGAUGUAGACAAAGCAUUUGACGAAUAUGGCCUCCUGAUCCUCUUUGCCCUGUUCAAUCUAAUGACCACAUGCUGGACGUUUGGGCUGGGAGUUCCUGCAGGGCUAUUUGUGCCUUCAUUGCUGAGUGGAGCUGUCAUUGGCCGCUUUGUGGGAGAAGUACUUCAUCUCCUCCACUCCCAGACCACCACCUCGACAACCACCGUCGCCAUGGCCACCGGUACUGCGACACUUGCCGUGGGUGGACCUGCUCAUCCUGGAAUCUAUGCCUUGGUAGGAGCAUGUGCUAUGCUGGCCGGAGUUGGGAGGAUAACAAUUUCUUUGGCGAUGAUUUUGACAGAAGCAACUGGCACAGGCAUUUUUGGACUUCCCAUCUUCAUGGUCGUGGUGAUUGCAACCUGGGUAGGCGACGUGUUUACUCGUGGGAUCUACGAUCUUCACAUCAUCGAGCUCAAACAGAUCCCGCUCCUGGAGCAGUCUCCUGCGGACGUCAUGGUUCGCUACGCAGUGAAGGACAUCAUGGCCAGUGAGGUGGUGUGCCUGCAAGCAGUUGAGAAGGUCCAACGGAUUGUGGAUAUUUUGGGCUCAUGCCACCACAAUGGCUUUCCUGUGCUGGAGAAUGGCACCAAGAAGAUGGAGGGGUUGAUCGAGCGUGGCUUCUUGCAUUUGCUGUUGGCCAGAGGCCACUACUACGGGAUGUUCCAGGAUGAUCCCGAUGCUCCCCUUGGUUCUUUGGUGCCUUUCGAGGCCAUUGCCUGGCCGAACAUCCACUCCUAUCCAGACCUGAAGACGCUUCGGAAGAAGUUGAGUGCUCCAGACAGGCAAAAAUAUAUGGACUUGCGCCCGUAUGCGAGCUGCAAUGGCUACAGCAUUUUGCCACAGGCUUCAAUGGCAAGCGCUUUCAUGCUGUUUCGGCAAAUGGGCCUACGACAUUUGCCUGUGGUGGACUCUGAUGGUGACCUCUGUGGAAUCAUAACACGAAAGGACUUGAUCCUUAUGGAGGAAGAUGAGCACGGUGAGAUGGUUCAGAGGUCACAGCCGAAGCUUUCCCCGGACACCGGCUGGUCAUUACGGAAGUCCGAGAUGUACUACGAUGGAUCGGCCUCGGAGUUGGUGCUAGACAGUGCUGCUGCGAGCGCGCUGGAUAGUGAGGAUACCGAGUUGUCUGAGGAGAUGGUGUGGGAUUGGAAGACUGAGCUGAGCAUGCCGGCAGUCGUGGUGGAGCCAAACGAUGGUGCCCCGCAAAGCUCAGAUUCAGACGCCACUGACAAAGACUUCGAAGUGCAAAGUCACGGCGGCAUGGGUGGGAUGGGAGCUUGA